AAUACCAACUCCACUGUGAAUAAAUCGGCAGCUAUCUCAAAAGUCAUUCCUACAGCUCAGACGAAUCACGAUAAAGUUGCCAUGAAAACUUGCAAUGAAACCAAAGAAAAUAAUCUCCAGCUAUCGAGAUUGCCUGAUACAUCUCAGCACUUCACUCAGCCUGUAGAAAUACCUCAAAAUAUACCUUCACUACUUGAUAUUACGUUUAAAGCUCCCAGCUUAAAAGAGCGGAAACUAAAACUAUUGAAUUUACCACUUCGUAUUUGCCGUGACUUUGAACGUUGCGGAAAUAUGAAUAGUUGUACUUUUAUCCAUCAACUUAAUUCGAAUAUGUUCCACGGCUCGUACGCGGCGCAACAACAACUGUGGAAAAUCAUGAAGUGUAAAUUUUAUCCAGGCAAACUAAAUGUUAUCAAAGCAGUACUGGAACAGUUUCCUGCAGCGUUGGCAAGUGCCGGAAAUCGCGAUGUGUUGAUGUUAUUGAUUCAGGAUGCUCUGACUUUUGAAGGUCUUGUUUUUGAGCGAGAAAAAAUCGUUAAGGAAAUCAUCAAUGCAUUGCUGCAAGUGAAAGUGGGCGAUGAAUAUUUAAACUACGAGACCGUUAUUGAUGAGAUCCUCAAGUACAAUAACUGCUUUCAGAAGGAACAAGGACGUCAAGCAAAGACUCUUUGUGAUAUAAUAUUAAGUAUAACAGUGGAACGUGAGAAUUUUUUACAGUAUUGGCCACUUUUAGAGAAGAUGUUCGGGUUUUUUGAAGGAAAACUUGAUUUUGAAGUGGUUAAUAAAAUCAUCAGUGCUUGCAUGAAUGAUGACGUCUCAUACGAGUUGGUUGACAAUGUGUACAAGAAACUGUUGAAAACUGACUUGGUUGAUCAGGAGCAGUUACCCGCAUCGCUUUUGUUAAUGUUCGUUGAGACGAUGCGUGUGAAAGCCGAGGAAAAAAUCGCCAAAGCGGAAUCACCUGUAAAACAAGUAAAUAUCAAUGAAAUGAUGUUAAGAGACCUAUUUACGCAAUGCACCAAUGCUGAAGAACUCAGUAAUUUCUUACAUGAUCACUGCAGAGAUGAAGAUUUCCAGGCGAUGAGUAUUCGAACAGUUGACGAUAUUUUGAAGAAAGAAUUAUCAAUGAAAACAAUAUAAAUGUUCACAUGAUGUUUUUAAAGAUUCCGUUUGUAAUAGUAUGCUUGGUGAAGUCAGUGUUGAGCUGCGCCGGCUUUUGAUGGUGCUUGCUCUUCACUUGGUGACUUUCAUGAGACAACAUCAAUAUAAUAACGAUUUUUCCUAUGGAAUUUCUGCUGAUUUGUUAGGUCUUUUCGAGGAGCACUUUGAAGAAUUGCAUUGCACUCAGGUUUACUUUCCUGACUACGAGGACGAUUGUCUAAGGAGUGUUUUGAUAUUUUCCCGACUCAUUCACGGCAAAAAUUUUCCUCUGGCUUUACGAUGGAUAAAAACGAAAGGAUUUGUUAUUCCCAGCGAGGACAUGAAGUUAGCGUUCAGUUGGUUCUUCACCAACUUGCGGCAACUUUUUAAUGGAAUGUACGCAUCGGGAAAUUUCGAUGAAUGCAAAAAUCUAAUUGUUUUAUUGAUGAAUCAUGGUUUUGACGUGGAGGGUCAAAAGGUAAAACACAACUGGAGUAUGUUCGAUUAUUAUCGGACUUUUAUCAAGCAGAAAAUCUUGCCAUGGCGGAACAACGAAAGAGAUCUGAUUGCCGACGCGCAUGAAUCUAUAUUUAAAUUUUAUAAGCAUAUUGAGUUGAGCGACUUGAGAAAUAUAUUAGUAUUGUUGUAUCUGAAAGAGAAUUGGAGUCUGCUGCCCAAAUCGGCGGAAAUUCUCCACUUUUGUCAGGAUUUUUACAAACAAAAUGAGGAAACUAUUUUUUACAAUGCGCAUUUGUCAAUAACUGAAAUUCAGCUGGUUACGCACAUUUUCUUCUAUAAAAUGCUCAGGCGUAAUCAAUGUGCUAUGCCCAUAACAGCAGAGUACGGAGAGUUGCCAAACGGGGAUGUUCCCAACGUGCCAUUUGUGAAAACCAGCGGGGUGUGGGACACUGAAAGAUCGCUGGCGAAGCGCGUUAACUACGCACUGAUCAAAUUCACACCGGGUUCAAUCUCGAAAUUCAACGGCACUUUUCAGGUUGAUUAUGUGAAACACUUACUGGAACAGAUUCGUCGACGUGUGCACCCUCUCUGAGGCACAAAUAAUGCUAAAGAAUUUCACAUAUUGUUCAUUUUAAGUUUAAGUUAUCUUAUAUUUGAUAUGAAAUAUAUUUUGCGUUACAUUUUUAUAAA